AUGUUCAGCGCAGCCACGCCAGGCACCGUGCUGACCUUUGCGGCCGCCGUGCUCCUCGGCCUCGUCACCAUAUCCACCCCGAUCUGGGACUCGAUCUACUUCCUCAAGGCCAUCAUCGGAGGCCAGGGCGGACAGCGCGGCCAGACGGCCACCCUUGGCGUUCUCGGGUACUGCAUCGGCAGCAAGUGCAGCAGCCCCACCAUUGGCUACAAUUUCGACCCAAACGAGCUCCUCGGCAUCUCGAUCAUCAGCGCAAAGUACACGUCGGCCGUCAUCAAGGGGCUCACCUACACCCUCGUCCUCCAUCCCAUCGCCCUCGGCCUCGCCGCCAUCGCCUUUCUCUUCGGCCUGCUGUCCCACUGCCGCCCGGCGAGCAGGAACUGCAUGGGCAUGUGCUUUAGCGGCAUCGCCACCGCCAUCACCGUCAUCGCCUUUGGCCUCGACCUCGCCCUCUUCAUCGUCGCAAAGAAGCGCAUCGACAGCGUCGACGGCGCCUCGGCCGAUCUCGGAGUGGGCCUCUGGAUGACGCUCGCCGCCGCCAUCCUCCUCUUCCUCUCGGGCUUCGCAUUCUGCUGCGGCUGCGGCGGACGCGGCCGCGGCCCGAGCCGCGGCCGCUACUCGUCGUACGAGCCGCAAUCGACAUACCCGCAGCAGCAGCAGCAGCGACAGGCGAGCCAGAGCGGGACGCGCAUGCAGAGCCCACCGCGAUUGCUGCCGGCGAUUCCGCCCGUGUCGCCGAUUGACCAGGCGGCCAACUCUGGGAUCCCGUACGGCGGCGGCGGCGGUUCCGGGUCGGAUGCGGCGUCGCCGUCGCGGCGGCAGGCGACGCUGGACGACGGCUUCGGGCUGACUGCGGCGGCGACGACGCUGGCGGGGCAGCGGGGCGGGUCGAGGAGCGAGGCGCACGCGUCCGAGGACGGGUACGGGGGCGGCGGGUACGACAACUAUGCCAGCUCGGCCUACGGGCACCACGGUGCGGUGCAGGGUCAGGGGCAGGGGCAGCACGAGCGGCUGCCGACGCGGUACGAGGAUGCGAGGGAAGGGUCGGUGGGCCAGUACCAGCACCAGCACCAGGGGCAGGGCGGCUACUAUGACGAGGGGCAGUCGAGCACCGGACCGCCGGGCUACGACAGCGCCAUGGGAGGAGGAGGAGGAGGAGGAGGCUACGGGCACGCCCAUUCGCACGGAGGCGCGGGCCAGUACCCGCCAGAGAAGCGCGGGUAG